CUAGAGAGAGAGAGAGCAAGAGAGAGAGACGGUGGGGGUCUCGCGUGCCGAAGAAGAGGCGAGGGAGAAGGCAGAAGAGGAAGUGCACGCGGAGGUGGAGCUCCUCCACGAAGCUAAAGCUAACUAGCUAACAUGUUGCCGCCGCUGCUGGUGCUGCGUGUCUACUAGCGGGCCGCCCUGGACUCCCUAUCCGCCCUGAGGUGCAUCAUGCCCGGAUGGAAGAAGAACAUCCCGGCCUGUCUGCAAGCGGACCAGGAAGGAGAUGAAGGUCCGUACACCAAACACUCGGCGGGCUCGCGUCCGUCGGACGGCGCGCUGGCCAUCCGGAGGCAGAGCAUACCAGAUGAGUUCCGGGGGUGCACGCUGGUGGAGCUGAUGAAGAAGGAAGGCACCACGCUGGGGCUGACCGUGUCAGGCGGCAUCGACAAGGACGGGAAGCCGCGGGUGUCCAAUCUGAGGCCGGGGGGCAUCGCCGCCAGGAGCGACCAGCUGAACGUGGGCGACUACAUCCGCUCCGUCAACGGCAUCAACUUGGCCAAGUUCCGCCACGACGAGAUCAUCAGCCUGCUGAAGAACGUGGGCGAGCGCGUGCUGCUGGAGGUGGAGUACGAGCUGCCGCCCGUCUCCGUGCAGGGUUCCGGCGUCGUCUUCAAGACGGUGGAGGUGACGCUGCACAAGGAGGGAAACAGCUUCGGCUUCGUCAUCAGAGGCGGAGCCAACGAAGACAGGAACAAGUGUCGGCCCAUCGUGGUCGCCACCGUGCGCUCGGGGGGGCCGGCCGACAGGGAAGGCAGCGUCAAGCCCGGCGACCGUCUGCUGAGUAUCGACGGCAUCCGUCUCCACGGCAACACGCUGGGGGAGGCCAUGAGCGUUCUCAAGCAGAGUGGACAGGAAGCCACCAUGCUGCUGGAAUACGACGUCUCCGUCAUGGAUUCGGUGUCUUCGGCUUCGGGUCCUCUGCUGGUGGAGGUCGCCAAGGCGACGGGCUCCAGCCUGGGCGUGGCCCUGUCCUCGUCCACCUUCUGCAACAAGCAGGUCAUCGUCAUCGAUAAGGUCAAGCCGGCCAGCAUCGCCGACAGGUGCGGCGCCCUCCACGCCGGCGAUCACAUCCUGUCGGUGGACGGCAAGUCCAUGGAGUUCUGCUCCCUGGCCGAAGCCACGCAGCUGCUGUCCGCCUCCUGCCACAACGUGCGCUUGGAGAUCCUGCCGCAGCACCGGACCCGGCCGGCCCUCAACGCGCCGCAGCAAGUCAAGGUGCAGCGUUCUCCCCGCCCCCUCCCCUGGGAGACCGGAAGCUCCGCCCCCAUCCUCCCCCCUUACCACUACAACACGUACCAUCCCGACCAGUCGGGCGCCAGGUGGCACAACCGCCAUCCGAACGAGUCGUCCCUGGGCCACACGUUCUCGCCGGGCUCCAUGUCGGCCUACAGCCUGUCGUCCCUCAACAUGAGCGUCCCCAGGAGCGCCUAUCCCACCAGUCCGCGGGGGACGCUGGCGCGCAAGAAGCCGAAGAAGAAGGACUUCAAGAGCUCCCUGUCUUUGGCGUCCAGCACGGUGGGCCUGGCCGGUCAGGUGGUCCACACGGAGACCACGGAGGUGACCUUGCCGGGCGACGGCGUGGCGGGCUUCGGCCUCCAGCUGCAAGGCGGCGUCUUUGCCACCGAGACGCUCUCCUCGCCGCCGCUCAUCGCCUACAUCGACCCCGACAGUCCCGCCGAGAGGUGCGGCAUCCUGCAAAUAGGCGACAGGAUCUUGUCCAUCAACGGCGUUGCCACCGAAGACUCCACCUUGGAAGAAACCAAUCAGCUGCUCCGAGACUCCUCCAUUCCCGCGCAACUCACCCUGGAGAUCGAGUUCGACGUGGCCGAAUCGGUCAUCCCUUCCUCCGGAACCUUCCACGUGAAGCUGCCCAAGAAGCCGGGAGUGGAGCUGGGAAUCACCAUCAGCUCUCCAUCCAACAGGAAAGCCGGAGACCCCCUCAUCAUCUCCGACAUCAAGAAGGGCAGCGUUGCUCACAGGACGGGCACGCUGGAGCUGGGAGACAAGCUGCUGGCCAUCGACAACGUCCGCGUGGAGACCUGCUCCAUGGAGGAGGCGGCGCAGAUCCUGCAGCGCUGCGAGGACCUGGUCAAGCUCAAGAUACGCAAAGACGAGGACAACUCCGACGAGCAGGAGGUGUCGGGGAGCAUCAUCUACACGGUGGAGCUGCAACGCUACGGAGGCCCCCUGGGCAUCACCAUCUCGGGCACCGAGGAGCCUUUCGACCCCAUCAUCAUCUCCUCGCUCACCAAGGGAGGCCUGGCAGAGAGGACGGGCGCCAUCCACGUGGGCGACCGCAUCCUGGCCAUCAACAGCAGCAGCCUGAAGGGCAAACCGCUGAGCGAGGCCAUCAGUCUCCUGCAGCAGGCGGGCGAGACCGUCACGCUCAAGAUCAAGAAGCACGGCGAGCUGUCCGGUCCAAUGUCCUGCGUGAUCGGCCCGGGCCUGGAAAACCACGACGGCGAGGGGGGAGAGGAGUCGGCGGUCGGCGCGGCUCCCCCUACGGCUCAGAGGCCGUCCGUCGGCAGCGCCGUCGAGUCCUGGGACGGAUCCCACGCCGACGCCUGCUUCGCCGUCCCGGCUCCUUCCUUCCACCCGUCGCCGUUCCCCUUCCACGAGUGGCGCAACGCCAAGACCGGCAACAGCCGAUCGCGGGGCGACCCGCCGGCGGAUCUGUCGUCGGGCCUCGGCGACGACUGGGAACACGUCGCGCUGGGCGGGUUCACGGUGGGUCAUGACGGGACAGAACCGGAUCAGGAGGAGAACUUCUGGUCUCAGGCUCUGGAGGAUCUGGAGACAUGUGGACAGAGCGGAAUCCUCAGAGAACUGGAGGCCACCAUCAUGUCCGGCUCGGCCCUCAGCCUGAACCACGAGCCGCCCCCCGCCCGCACCUCGCUGGGCCGCCAGGCCAGCUUCCAGGAACGCAGCAGCGCCCGCCCCCAGGUGAGCCCACGCUCCAACACCUUGCCCUCCGACCCCCAGCGCCGAGCCUUCGCCAUGAAGAAGAUGAGACAGGAAGUCAACGACAUCCUCAACCAGACGCCGGUAGAACUUCACAAGCUGACUCUGGAAAAGUCUUCCGAUUUGGAGGACUUCGGUUUCAGCGUGUCAGACGGCGUUCUGGAUCGCGGCGUUUACGUCAACAACAUCCGCGGCGGCGGCCCGGCGGAGCGCGGGGGCCUGCAAGCGUACGACCGCCUCCUGCAGAUCAACCACGUGCGCACUCGGGACUUCGACUGCUGCUUGGUGGUACCGCUCAUCGCCGAGUCAUCAAACCGCUUAGAUCUGGUCAUCAGCCGAAACCCCGCCUCCUCGGCCAGCCCGCUGACCAAUCACGCAGAAAGCACCGACAACGGCCACGCCCCUCCGCUGACGGGUCACCGGAAGGAAGGGCGAGAAGACGCGAGCGAGGACGACGCGCCAAUCAAGUGGAAGAAACCCGGGGACGGGCUGGGGGCCGGCUUCGGGGCGGGGCUAGUCACCAACACUUCUGUAUAGGAUUGAAUGGGCUACGUCCCCCUUGGUGCUCCACACACAACCUCUGAACUUUGAGUUUUGAAAGCAGCCCGAAAGCACACGCGCACAUGCCGGUCCUCAUCCUGAUCUGAAUUCUGAUCCGACUCCUGUCCCACUGGACCCUCUGACCCCAUCCCUGAUUGGAUUACGAUCCCAAUGCCGAUAUAAUGACAAGUCCUAAAUCUACUACUGAUCCUGUUCUUGAGGCCAGUUCUGAUCCCAUUCUGGAUCCCGCUCGAAACCUGCAUAUCCUGACCGAAGUUAUCAUCGCCAUCUCACUACUGAUUCAACUCCAAAUCCUCAUCUACUGAUCUUGAUCUGGCAGCAAAUCCAGAUCCCACGACUCGUGCUGAUACCAGUCCAAAUCCAAAUCUCCUGGUUCCAGAUCACGCUAUGGAUCCAGAUCCACUCCAACUAAGCCUCCACACUCCGGUCUUCGGGGGACAUGGUCUGGAGCAGGAACCAGAAUUCUAACAGGAGCACAGCAGCAGCAGCAGCACACUGACUGAGGAUUGGUCGCUCUUUCUGACCGAUUGGCUCCAAGGAGAUGCCCAAGCACAGACGAAUGGAUUUCUCCUGAUCCAAAGCGGAUGGAGUAUCCGCAUCGGAACUGGACUUGCCAUGAAAAUGCUCCUUGAGUGGAGGAAUGCGUUUAAAAACAAAACAAAAAACAUGAGAAUAUAAACUCAAGAAUCAUUGUGAUUACACUGACAGAAACUGAGCAGUUAAUAUUAUUAUUGUUAUUAUUAUUUUGGGCGGGAGGUUUUAAAAUUUACACUUGUUGACUGGCCACACUGUGUAAGUCUGAACUUGGGUGCGUGCGUGUGUUGUCCCGUCCCCCGUCGCCCUCACUCACACACCCUGUUAACCCCUCACCGUCCCUCAGCCAAUAGGCUGACAGGCACAAUGACCCCAUUACACAGAUUGAUCAAUCAAUGACGCCUGACUGAUUGGUUCUCUUCUGACCACACACACACAGGCCAAAAAUGAGCAUGACCCCGCCCCCUCCCUCCAGUAACUGUGAAUUCUUAUGCUAAUUAAUUGUGUGUUGUCACUUUUCUCUGUUUGUUUGUUUGUUUGUUUCCAUGACGACCGGACCUCACAAAGUCCCAAAAAGAAAACAAAGGUUGAGUCCUCCUCAUCGACGUGGUUUCUGAGCCAUUUCAACAUUUUAGGAAACAUGCUGUGACACGUACGUGACGUCAACAUUAAGCUGCUAGCUCUCUUGCCUCAUUAGGAAGUCGACAUUUUCAUACGGCUCUGAAAAAAAGAAAAAAAAAGAAUAUGCUGCUGUAUUGACUUGUAAUUGGCAGCCGUUUGCUUGGGUGCGAUUGGUCGCUCGAAAUAAUUUUAGUUAGCCGUGAAGCUGUUUGAACCACGGCGCCCACUUGUGGCUAGCAAACAAAGCGCACACAGCUACCUUGUGGCUAACAAGAUGCUUAGCACAAGGCUAACAGAGGGCUCGCUCAUCGCUACGGCUGAGCUAACUUCAACGAAAAAGAGUUGGCGUUAACAAUUUCCGCCCAAAGAAAGGGGCCUUGGGGGCGUGGCUUCAGGAAUGCUCGCCAGAAAGCCAUACACAGACAGACACGCGUGCACACACACACACACACAACGUGUUGUUUGUAAGCGUGUAUUGUGCGUGCACAACGUGACAGGAUUUUGCACACGCAGAGGCACAUUGUACUGCCGUCGGAAAAGGACAUUUGACUUUCAUGUAGCUUCACCAACCAAACAAACAAAUGAACGAGUGAACCAACGUUUCAGGAACACUGACGAUGUUGUAAAGUAUUUUUGUACAAAUUUCAUACUUUGGUAGCAUGACGUUCCUGCUGUGUGUCCUGCUGUCUCCACCUUUCUUUGUGCGCUCGACUACUGAGCAACAAUAAACACCAACUACUCAUGAA